AAAGUUUGUGUUCAAAGCUUAUCCACUUACUUUAAUCCUUCAGUUUGUUCAAUUAUUACAAUGAAAUGUAAAAUUGUGUGCAGCAAAAACUUAUUUCAUGUUUCUAUAAUCAGGUUACAUUUCACGCUAGAGAGGUUCCUGUGGUACUGAACGGCAUGUCAUGUACCUGUUGUGCUGGGAAAGCACUGUGCAACCACAUCGUAGCACUACUGUUUCAAAGUGCUCAUUACAGUACCAUGGGGUUCAAGACAGUGCCAUUGCCACUGUCAUGCACUAGCUCACUGCAGACAUGGCACCGUCCUAGGACACAGGGAAUUGCACCUGAGUCAACAAACUGCAUGGUAGUGUGUAAACCAGUACCAAAAUCCCAGGAUCGUGCCCGAACUGGUGUGAAAUGUACACUGUACAGAGCAUAUAGUGGACCUCUUCCAGAUCCUAACAUCAUGGCCAGUGUUGAGAAGCUGCAAGAAAAACGCCCACAACCAGGCAUUUGCAAAAUACUGCACGGACUUCAGGACCUUAAUCUUGUGGACUCUAAGUUUGGCCCUGUGCCAUUUGGGUCUGUGCUCUCCUACCAGUGCCCUCUUGAAAUCAGUAGAGACAUUAUAAAACAUGCUCCUGCCCCUGAAUUUCCUCAACUGCCUGUUGAAGGUUACAAUUUUAAAUUUCAUUACAAUUUUCAGUCCAACUAUAAGCAACAAUGCCACUUAGAAAGCCUUAAGGUGUCGAGGGAAAUCUCUGCUGCUAUUGAGGCAGAAACCCGAAAGCAGUCUGAAUGCCAGUUGUGGACCAAGGUCCGGAAACCCCGACUGACAGCCAGUAGAUUUGGUGAAAUCUACCAUGUCCGCGGGGAGUCUACUGCCAAAUCCUUAGCUGCUCACAUUCUUAGAGGAAGUCCCCAAACAGCUGCUAUGAAAAGAGGGCUGGACUUGGAACCUGAAAUACUGAGGCAAUACUCAGAUUAUUGUAAUAUCUCUGUGAUGCAGUGUGGAAUAAUCAUCCACCCAGAUGCACCUCACCUUGCAGCUAGCCCUGAUGCUAAAGUCUACGACCCAAGAGAAACAAUGCCAUUUGGAUUGGCAGAGGUAAAGAGUUGCGAUGUUGACAAUGUUUCUCAAGUAAAACACCUCUUCAAAGUUCACGGCCAGGCCUGCCUUAAGAAAAAUCAUAAGUACUACUAUCAGGUUCAAGGCCAGCUGGCAUUAAGUGGACUAAUGUGGUGUGAUUUCAUAACAGAUACCAACACUGAUUUUACAAUUGAAAGAAUCUUUAGAGAUGAGGAGGUUAUAAACUCAUUGCGAAAUAAACUGGAUUAUUUUUAUUACAGCAUCUACAUGGAUGUAUUAUUACGUUGA